AUGGCCGCUCUGCCCCCCGCCGAGGCCUCAAAGCGGUCACAAGCUGUCGGCAUGCUCAGGAAUCAGAUGCGCCGGGAAGCAGAGUCUGGCAACAGCAGACACAAGCACUGUAAAGAGGUCCAUGGCGAGAUGCUCCAAUUCAUUGCCCUACGCCGUGGAAAGAAGGCAUCAUCGGACGGUCGCACGUCUCUCGAAAAACCUGCCCAGAAAUCUCGGCCAAAGGUCGUUACUGCCGGAGGAUCCAAGCCUCAGCUCGCUCAUCACCAUCGCAAAGAGCGGUUGCAGAUGGAGAUGGCGGCCAAGCAACGAGCUGCUGAACAGAAUCGCAUCCACCCCGCCACCCCUAUCACACCGUCAAGCGAACGGUCCCCUGCGAUGCCUUUGAACCCGAAUCAGCCCCAUUCGAAUGACCGACCAGGCAAUACAAUUCACUUGCCCCGUCUGCCCUAUCAACCAGACCCCAUUCGUAAUGUCGGCCACCCCGCUCUUAUCAGUCAACCCUCCGGUCACUCCCCGAGACAUCCCAUGGCAUCAGGACACAAUAUGACAGUGCCCCUACCAGUCUCCGACGUUGCCCCCUUGCCGGUGGCACUCAGCCGGCUGGCACCCUAUGAUCUAAAUGCACUGUCGCAGAAGCCAGAACAUGUCAGACUCAUGAGAGAACCUUACCGGUCUUCCGUCUGGUUGCAAAUCAUGUGUCGGCCCACAACAGCCCCGCAUGCUAUAUCGUUCAAUCUCCUCACGCGGGCGUAUCUGCAUUUUCUAUCUUUCUCCGCUAGAGAGACCGCAUCCACCCCCGGCACACCCAUACAGUCCUCCCACCCUUCCCGACCUUUCCACCCUUCCUCUGCUUCUCAAAGCCAUCAUACCCCGAUGCAUCCCCGGCCACCGCUUGCUCUGCCAUCCCGCCACCUUCCACCUCUAAGCCCCACAGACCUCGUCAAAAUCUUUCGCAACCUCUGGCCUCAAGUUCGCUUUUCUGGCGGCGUGCCGGGAAACGAAGAGCUGUUCUGUUUGGGGAUGGAGUUUAGGGCCGGGAAUGCUGGGACGGGGUCCAACGCUGGCGGCGCGAGUAGUAGGCCUUGA